GACGCUCUUGACGCGAGUCAGUUUGUUGGCGCGCGGGAGGCUGUGAUUUCUGUUUCCAGCAAUGGCGGAUCGCAUCAGGAGAGUGGCUUGGCUUUAUUUGUUAAAUAAAGCCAGACAGCGUCGUCGUCGGGCACAUGGGCGUCGUCUCUGGGUUCAUCCCAUUAUUCAGAGGCGUUCUGAAUUUGGGGAGUUUCACCAUUUGCUCCAGGAGCUGCGGGAGGAUGAGGGUCGCUUCCAGGGCUACUUUCGUCUCUCCCGGGCCCAGUUUGACGACCUGCUGGCCCGCAUCGGUGCUCGGAUCACUCUCCAGGACACCAACUACAGACGCUCAAUUCCUCCUGAAGAGCGCCUGUCCAUCUGUCUCCGGUUUCUGGCCACUGGGGACUCCUACAGGACCAUCGCCAGCAGCUUCAGGGUGGGCAUUUCAACUGUCUCCCAGAUAAUCCCACAGGUGGUGACAGUCAUCUGGGAGAGCCUGGUGGAGGAGUUUAUGCCUGUUCCUGGAGCAGAGGAGUGGAGGUCCAUUGCGGAGGAGUUUGAGGAGCGAUGGAACUUUCCUCUGUGCUGUGGUGCUGUGGAUGGGAAGCACAUUCAAAUGAAGGCACCCCCCAACUCUGGCUCCCUGUAUUUCAACUACAAGUUGCACCAUUCCCUGGUCCUGCUUGCAGUUGUAGAUGCGAGAUACAGGUUCAGGGUGAUAGAUGUUGGAGGUUAUGGCAGAACCAGCGAUGGAGGGAUCUUUGCCAACUCCGCCUUUGGCCAGGCUCUGCGUGCAGGUACACUGGAUCUGCCUCCAAACCAGCACUUACCCGGAGCUGACCACCGAGGAUCCCAGCCUCAUGUAUUUGUGGCAGACGAGGUGUUUCCUCUUCGCCCCUACCUGAUGCGCCCCUUUCCUGGACGUGGUGGCCUAACCCUGGAGCAGCGCAUCUUUAACUACCGCCUCUCCCGGGCCCGGCUGGUGGUGGAGGAUGCGUUCGGGAUUUGGUCGUCCCAGUGGAGAAUGUUCCGCACUCUGCUGGAAAUCCACCCUGAAGUUGUUGAGAAGUGUGUGAAGGCGACGUGUGUUCUCCACAACUUCAUGAGGAUGUCUGCAGAUGGGCGAGCGCCUGCAUUCAGAGGAGCGGUGGAGCAAGAGGAGCCACUUCCAGGUGUGCGGCGGAUGGGGGCCAACAAUGCGACCCGAGACGCACUCAACACUCGAGAUGUGUUCAUGGCCCACUUCUGUGAGGAGGGAGCAGUACCGUGGCAGCCAGCAGAAUAGUCAUGUCCUCACAGGACUGACCCACAACGGCUCUUUUCAGAGCCACCCACAAAUACCUAAAGAGCACUCCUUCUAUUAUAACAUUUAAGCAGCUACAUUUAACAAUGUACUAAUAAAAUGUGUAUAUUAAUGUUUUUCUUGUGUACAUGUUUCUAUAUUCAAUACUCUUUGGAGCUUUUUUUCCAUCCUGUUU